UCCUGAGGACAGAGGAUGCCCAGCAUAGCUUACAGCAUGGGGAUCCUGCUGGCCCUGGCAGGUGCCACGGUCACGCAGGGCUGCGGUGAGUGUCACUCCUCCUGCAGCGGCAGCGCAGACACACCGGUGACACUGCAGGGGGACGAGUGGAUGACGCACAGGGCUCCUGCUGACCUGCCCUCAGCGGCACAGGGGUGCCAGGCUGCAGAUCCCUGCCCCUGCCAGGUCCAGAAGCUGCUGCACCGCAUGGAGGAAUCCGUCAAGUUUGACAAACCACCGAACCCCAGCAUCCUGCUGGCCAUGAACCUGGCUGGAGCCACCCACGGCCACGUCCACAGCUGGCUGCUCCAGGAGAUAAAGAAGGAUGCAGUGGAGAGAGCCCAGACAGACAUGACCUCGGGACAGGUGGCUCUGUAUGUCCUUGCCCUCCUCUCCUCCUGCCAGGACCCCCACUGCGUCCAUGCCACGGGGAAGACCAUCCACCUGGUCCCCAUCCUGAAGGAGAAAAUGAAUGAGGAGAUCAGCAGAAAAGGUACACAGGGACAUGAGGGAAGGACUGGGGGGACUGGGGCGUGUCACCCACGCUGCACCCCAUCAGCUCACCCCUCUUUGCCUUGCAGAGAUCACCUGGUACAAUGAGAGCCUGGACAUC